UAGAGGCGCGUACAGCAGCUGCAGGACGCAGCUCUGAGUUUAUUGAUUUAUUGAUUAAUUGAUGAAUUGAUUGUUGACCGGAAGGACCGUGAUGCAGUGCAGCUGGCCUCUCUUAGGUCCGCUGCAGUGGAUCCGUUACGUCACCAAACAGGUGAAGGUGAAGGCGGGAAAAGAUGAAGAGCUCCGAGGAUGGCUGCUGACGGUAGACCCGGUAACAGCCAGCCUGGUCCUGGUGGACUUCGGAGACGUGGGCGGUUCCUCGGUCCGGGUGGUGAUGGGUCACGCGGUGCAGCAGGUGGAGGUUCUACAGGAGGCCGAUGAGGAGAUGGCGCGGCGGCUGCAGGCGAUCUUCAACCCCCCUCAGACCCGUCUGGACCUGGACCCGGAGCAGCUCCGGCGGCGGCGGGACCGGGUCCGGGUCUGGCUGGAGAAGAACCUGGUCCCGGUGCAGGAGGACGGAGACCAGCUGACUGUCGCCGGAGCACUGACGCUCACCGCUCCGUACGGACCGGACGACUGCUGCAGCGCCAACCAGAUCAUCCUGGACCGGGUCCAGAGGCUGCUGCGGACCGAUCCGCAUCACCUGGACCCACCAGGGGACCGGGACCGGGACCUGGACCGGGACCAGGACCAGGACCGGGAC